UCAGUCUGCUGACAGAGGAAGGCAGUGGCGGAUGGGAUCUGAAUCUGACUGACAGAUAUCAGUAGUCUGCUGUCGCACGGAGCUCUCCGGAGUUGAUCUUGAACGGUCUGUCAUUCCAGCGCGCAAUGAAGGAUCAAAACUACUCCGAAGAAGUUACUAAAAUACUGGAGGAGGCUCCUUCUGCUCGCAACGUACUUUUAGAAAACUACAGCAAUUUAUACAAAGUAGCGGACUACUGCGAGAGCAACUACCUGCAGUCUGGAAAUGACACCACCAAAGCCCUGGAGGAGACCAAGGCCUUCACUACUCAGUCUUUGGCUAGCGUGGCCUAUCAGAUUAGUUCUAUGGCCACCAAUGUGCUCAAGCUUCUGGAUGCACAGACCCUGCAGCUCCACAAGAUAGAGUCCUCCAUCAACCAAAUCGGACAGACAGUGGACAUGCACAGGGAGAAGGUGGCCCGCAGAGAGAUCGGCGCUUUAACCAUUGUCAAGAGGAUUCCACGCAGUCAUAAGAUUGUCUUCCCAACAAAAAAUAAAGAAGCCCCGCUCAAGUACUCCCGCACACCCAUCUCUUUCUCUAGCCUGGACUCAGUUGGCCAUGGCAUGAAGGAUUCUGACCAGGUGCAGUCAAAAACAGCUACCAUGACACGGAGCGCCAGCAUCCGGAGUCGAGGCAGCCGCCCACCUGAGCCUGUCCAGUGUCCUGUGGCACCCACUCUCUCUCAUGGAGCGUCCCUUACCUCACUCAAUGACAAGUCCAUUGCUAAAGCCGUGCCGCCUCCUGUAGUGCCCAGCUGGCCCACCAGCCCUGAUGUUGAUAUCUUCAGCUCGCUGCUGGAGGAAGGACCACCCCCUCCAAUCCCACUGAUGGAGGCAGAGGGCGAACAGGAUCAUGGACAGGAGACUGGUCUACCCCCACCUCCACCAUCUCCUCCCCUUGAUUGUAUUAACCUCCCCCCGCCUCCUCCUAUGGUGAAUACACCUGAGCCCAGCAGCCCGAUGACAACACCACCUCCAUCACCACCUCCUCCUCUUGAUUGUAGCAACCUCCCCCCGCCUCCUCCUAUGGUGAAUACACAUGAGCUUAGCAGCCUGAUGACAGAAGCACCUCCAUCACCACCUCCUCCUUUCGAAACAGUGGCCGAGGAGAAUGGGUUUCCUCUGCCAGAAGACAUGCCUCCUCCACCAGUCCCUGAUGGCCUUGAUCUUCCAACCCCACCACCUCCGCCGUGUGAUGAGAAGGUACAAGACCUUGAGCUUCCAGCUCCGCCCCCAUCGCCACCACUAGAAAGUUAUGACAACUUUGAGGAAUUGCCCCCUCUACCUCCCCCCAUUGAUUACGACAUAACUGCACCAGCCGACUAUUUGGAGAAAGUGGUGGCACUAUAUAGCUACAACACAGGCAAGCCAGGUGACCUGGUGUUUCUGGAGGGCGAUAUCAUCUACCUCACCAGCAGGAAUGAGGAUGGCUGGUGUGAGGGCUUUCUCAAUGGAGUAAAGGGACAUUUUCCUGGCAGCUAUGUGGAAUCCACUGCUUAACUUGCCAUAAGAAGCCAGAACGUCAGUAAAUAAAUUAUUGAGACUUAAGUUCAAAUUCAAGUUUAGCUUUAUUGUCGUUCCGCUGGACGUGGGGGCAUACAGUGGAACGAAAUGUCGUGCCUCACAGGACCACGUUGCUACAUGAAUAUAGAGAUACAACAAUGAAGUUAAACAGUAUAAACCUAAACACAACUACUAAGGCACCUUGUAUUCGCAUUUCUAAAGUGAAAUCAACUGUAUGAUUGGAGCUGCUGAAAUGCUUUUACACUAUGUUUAAGUUUUAAAACAUACCAAAUAUAAUUAACAUGACGACUGAUUUCAGCCAAAAUGAGUUUGUAUUUGGGUUUAAAUAACGAUGGUGAUAAUUGAUAUCUCAGGACUUUAAGUUAUCUUAAGUACAACAUAUUAAUGUUUUUUUUUUCUUUUUUGUACAUUUAGCGGUAUUAGAUAAGUUAAGUUCACAAAGUCAUGGGUAGUCGAUGGUUAUUUGUUAAUUCUGCAAACAUUUUCAGUGUUUGUCUGAAUAGGCAAUUGUGUCGAGCAAAUAAUGAAAUAAUAUACAGGUAUAAUAUAUUAUAAUGCAGUUUCCUAAUUAUAAACCUUUAUUACUCAUGGUACGUUACAUUUAAUCGAUAACAUUUAAUUGAUUCCCUUACAAAUACUGUAUUUCCAAAACAUUUUAUCCUUUAGUUUGUGAAUUCAAUGUUAAUGUACACCACACUGGCACAAUUUAGUCCAAGUUAGCAUUUUUAAUAAAUAAACCGUUGACACUUUUAUGUCACUUAUAAACAUCCACUCUUUGUGAACUUUAUACAAAGCAAAUUGACCUGUUUAUUUGGCAUUUUUGCAUUUAGCAGACACUUGUAUCCAAAGUGAUUUACAAAAGAGAAAACAAAAGCAGUUUGUAAAGGAGCCAAGCAAACGUAUAAUAUACAAUGGCAGGUUUAUUUGACUAGAUUAGUUCAUUCAUUCAUGUGGAACUGGCUCAUCAGCGUCAGCAGCCUUAUUUACUUUAUAUUUUUUUCUCCUUUAGACUGUUGUUUGCUUAUUUCAUGUUGAUAAAAUAUAUUAAACUUUACAUUAUUCUUAAA